AUGCGGCGCGCGUGGAGGCGCGGGAGGGGGCGCGGGAGCGCGGCAUCGAGGGGCCGGCCUAGCUGGGGCCCGUGGCCCUGCGUCUUCUGGCUGCGACGGGGGUCCACCGUCCGCAACCGCCGGGCGGGGGGCUCCCGAGGGGCCGGGAGGCGAGCCGGGGUCCCCAGGCGGGUGUGGGCAUCGUGUCCGCAGCCAGCGUCCCUGAGGCCGCGCUCGGGCCAUGACCACUCGGUGAAGUUGCGCUGCGACAGCGCGGCCGACCUCUUCCAGCGCUGUGAGGACCUGUGCGCGCUACAGGACUCGGUGCCUCUGCCCGCCGUGCGCGCUUCCCUGCGGGAGGGCCUGCUGGACUACGACCGCUUCCGCGGGGUGGAAUGGACGCCGCUCCUGAGCACUCUGCCCGUGAUCUGUAUCCAGAGCUUCUUCCAACCACGGCUUGUCGAGACAGGUUGUGACAGAAAUAAAGUUUACAGAAGUCGUGUUCCUGCGAUAAGAAAUAAAGAUGUGACCUUCCAGUUGUGUAAAGCUCAUGAAUGCUGUGUAAGUGCGUCGGGUGCGCUAAGGAACCUGGAGCUAAAUGGGCUAGUUCUGAGAGAGAGAGACUUAACUAUGUUAACAAAGGGAUUGAAUAAAUCAGCCAAUUUGGUGCACCUGUGUCUUGUGAAUUGUCCUAUUGGAGAUGGAGGUUUAGAAAUUAUUUGUCAAGGUAUAAAGAACUCUAUCACUCUUAAGACAGUACACUUCACAGGGUGUAAUCUGACAUGGCAGGGAGCAGAUCACAUGGCCAAGAUCUUAAAGUAUCAGACUACCAGAAGGCAUGAAGCAACCUGGGCUGAGAGUCUUCGUUCCAGGAGACCUGAUCUCGACUGUAUGGCUGGUUUGAGGCGCAUCACUCUGAACUGCAGCAUGCUCAUUGGUGACCUGGGUGCAAUUGCUUUUGCAGAAUCUCUUAGUGAGGAUUUAUGGCUUAGAGCACUUGACCUGCAGCAGUGUGGCCUCACCAGUGAAGGAGCAAAGGCUUUACUAAAGACCCUUGAAACCAACAGAACUCUGGUCGUUUUGGAUAUAAGAAAAAAUCCACUCGUAGAUCAUUCUGUGAUGAAAGCAGUUAUCAAUAAAGGUCUCCAGAAUGGAAGGAGUGCCAAGUCAGAGUACCAGCAGAUAACUUCUCCAUCGGUGAAGGAACCAUCCAAAGCUGCUAGACAGAAAAAGAGAACUAUAAUUUUGGGAAGUGGUCGUAAAGGAAAAGCUACUAUUAGAAUUGGCUUGGCCACAAAGAAACCUGUAAGUAAUGGAAGGAAACACUCUGCUGGUAAAGAAUGUUAUGGUCCUGAACCUCUACCACCUGGUGUGUCUGGUUUCCUGCCGUAGCAUACUGCAGAACGUGCAAAAAGCAACAGUCGUUCAGAAUUCUUUAUUUUGGAACUUCCAUUACGUGGGCGGUCUCCGGUGCUUUCCAUAGAGGAAAAAAGAUAA